UAGCAGCUAUGAGUGUUGCCGCUCGUGUGGCCGAAGAAAUGAACGUUAAACUUGGAUUCGAGGACAUUUCUCGAGUCAGAACUGAUCUUAGACUUAUAAUAUCUAGCGCAACAUUAAAUGCUCAAAAAUUUGCUGCCUAUUUUGAUGAUGCACCAAUUUUUAGGAUUCCAGGUAAACCUUACCCAGUUCAAAUUUGUCAUACAAAAGCUCCAGAAGCAAAUUACAUUUCUGCAGCAAUAGCUACCGUUAUGCAAAUACAUAUUUCACAAAAUACAGGAGACAUAUUAGUCUUUCUUACAGGUCAAGAAGAAAUUGAGACUGUUCAAGAAAGUUUACAACAAACAUGUAGAGUUCUUGGCAGUAAAGUAAAAGAAUUAAUAAUAUGUCCAAUUUAUUCCAAUCUUCCACCUGAUAUGCAAGCUAAAAUAUUUGAGGCAACACCACCUGGUGCUCGAAAAUGCUCAAGGGCUUCGGCAAACCAAAGAGCUGGCAGAGCAGGACGUUUUGAAUUUAUGGAUCCACCUCAUGAACAAGGAAUGAUUUCAGCACUUAAUGAUUUGUAUGCACUUGGUGCACUAAACAACGAUGGUGAAUUAACAAAAUUGGGUAGACGUAUGGCCGAGUUUCCUAUAGAUCCUUUAUUAUCUAAAACAAUUAUAACAUCUGAGAAAUUUCAUUGCUCAGAAGAGGAUAAAAAAUUUUACGCUGAUAAGGCUCAUCAAAAUUUCAUUAAACCUGGUGGAGAUCAUCUCAUGUUACUAAAUAUUUGGGAACAAUGGGCAGAAACAAAUUAUUCUAUGGGUUGGUGUUAUGAAAAUUUUAUAGUAUAUCGAUCCAUGAAUCGAGCAAGAGAUGUUCGUGAUCAACUAGUGAAAUUAUGUGAUCGUACUGAAGUUGAAUUAAAAUCAAAUCCUGAUCCUGGUGACAUAAUUCCAAUACAAAAGUCAAUAGUUUCUGGAUUUUUCAUGAAUGCUGCAAGGUUGACAAUGUUUAGUGAUUCAUAUCACAAAUUAAAAUUUGGAGAUCCAAGUCGCGUUGUUCAUAUACAUCCCAGCAGUUCAUUAUUUGAAGAAAAACCAAAAUUUGUAUUAUAUUUUGAGUUAGUACUUACGAGUAAAGAAUAUAUGCGCCAAGUUAUGGAAAUAAAACCUGACGGCACCUCAUUAUUAUUCAAAAGAGGAUAUUGGCGAAAAGAAGAAAAUGCCAAAAAACAAUAA